UGGGGAGGAAGAGUGGUCGACGAUGUGUCUGCAGAUUGUGCGGGAAAUCCAUUUGUGGGGGCAGUAGAGAAGCGAAGGAACAUUUCUUCAAAAGCAAGGAGUUCAGAUGCCCGGCGGGGACCCCUGCUGUGUAUUAUACCAUAUGGGCGAAGAACAUGGACAAGUGUCCGAAGGACUUUGUUGCCUCGAUCGAGGAGUUGAAGAGGCUCCCUCCUGGCGCUCCGGCAUUCGAGUGGCCGACACUUUUAUUCCCAGAGGACUCGGAGCCUCGCCGGUCGCUUGCUAGUGAGGUAGGGCCGUCUCGCGGUGCAGUUGGUGCACCGGUUCUGGCACCUGUGGUUGGAGGACCGUCGGCCGGUGCAGCCCCACCGCCGGUACUUGGAGGGACCGCGGUGUCGUCGGUAGAGGCAACGAGACCACCAUCUGCGUCGCUCGAGGGCCACCGUGUCUCUCCGUCGGUUGGAUUGCAUCCUAUGUUCACGACUACCGCGGCCAGAGCAUCGGCUGCAGCAGGAGCUCCUCUUGCGGGUGACCGAGGCACAGCUGCGGCAGCCACGGCUCGGUGGUCUCCACCUCGACCUCCACGUUCAGCUCCAUCUUUGGCAGCGGCUAACUUGCGGGCGCCACAGCGCACAGGCGCGGUACCUACGUUGCGGUGGUCUCCUCCUCGUCCUCCGCGUUCAGCUGCCCCUCAGUCGCACCCACCACCGCACCAGGAAGUGCAGGGGACUGCGGCUCACACGCAUCCACCAUCGACUCAGCCGGCAGAGGGCGCGGAUCCGCCCCCACCAAUUCCACUAUCUGAUUCUUCGCCCACGCCUGCUGCCGAGACUGCCCCCACAUUCGCUGGUGUGGUCGCAGGGGAUUUGGAUCCUAUGGAGCGGCUACGCAACAUUCCACUUCCACAGGCCGCCACACCGGCGAGUCCAACUGGUUUGUUUGACAUGAGUGCCUCUGGUGCGUUCGCACGAGGGAGGGACACAUACAAGCAGCAAGCGGUCGUUACCGAGGACCCGUGGCGUGACACUGUUUGGGCCACGCGGAAGGUCGGUCAGGAUGCCGCCGAGAUCACAGCAUGUGUGGGGUCUCCUCCAUGGUGGGAGGAUUUGAGGCGUUUGUGUAAUAUCAUGGACCCAGUCAUGGAGAUGCUGCAGAUGCUGGACAGUGACACACGACAGAUCAGCAAGGUCCUGCGUCGAUAUGAGAUUAUAAUCGCAUCCUGUCUUACCGCGUGCGACUCCCUCACCGCAACAGAGCAGGAUGAGAUCCUUGAGGUUUUUGACAGGCGGCACACCAUGUUUCGUACUCCAGUGCACAUAGCGGCCAUGAUGCUUGAUCCUGAGUUUCGGGAUGCCACCCUGCCGGACGACGAUGUGAUGCAGCAGCGGUUGAUUGCCGCUUUAGUUCAGUUUGGCUACCCCGAGGGAUCUCCGCAGCACAUCGAGGUGCUCACUGCGAUCGACAAGUUUCAUGCCAGGGAGAGGCCUUUCGACAAUGCCACGAUGGAUAGAGCGAUGAGGAGCUAUGAGCACCCGUCCAGUUUUUGGGAGUCGAAGUCGCGCAAGUUUCCACACACCGCAUACUUUGCCAUGAGGAUCCUGCGCGUUUGGACGACAGCGUCGCCCUGUGAGAGAGCUUGGUCCCGUUGGAGUUUCAUCCACUUGAAGACUCGCAACAGGUUGGAGGUUGGACGGGCUGAGAAGCUCGUGCGGUGCCAUUGGAACCUCCGUCUUCUCGACCGUCCAUCUCUGACCGAGGAUGCUCCUCACGACAGACCCGAUCAAUUCGGGAAGUGGGUUCACUAUUGGCAGCAUUUGGAGGACGAGUUGCCCACUGACCAGCAGCUUGUUGCGGGGAGUGGAGCGAGAUUGGCAGCCACACAGGAGGAGAUGCGUGUGGCGAGGGAGCGGAUGCGCAGUGUUUCUCGCAUGGGCACCAAGCGCCGCCUUGUCCAAUCGGACAAGAGACGAUGUGGACGUGUUCGGGGUCGUGGCGGGCGUGGUGGGCGUGGGGGGCGUUCUGGUCGUGGACGAGGUGGGCGUGGGGGACGCRRACGUGGAUCAGCGGGCGGGRUAUGUCCUCKUAGUGCGCAACSUGGGCUGCGUGAUGAGGCGAUGGUCGACCUUAUUCGUUUCCCUCGACAGCAUUGGGACGAGGGUGAUUUUUUGUAUCACARCUCCGAUAGCGACGRCGAGKAUUUCUUCUGUACCGCCAUGCCRCGAGGCGGAGACGACGACRGCAGGCCKGACGACRACCGUCCGGAUGAUGACGAUAGUGAUGAUGGAGCGGGCGACGGUCGGGACCCUCGAUCGUUGAGACGGGGUGGUGGCACUGGUGGGAGAGGUGCUGUUGCACCACRAGAUGCAGCASGUGAUGGCGGAGGAUUAGACGUCGUCGACGGUGGAGGCGGCUCAGGCGGGCCACAGGCCGAGGAUACCGGAGCAGCGCUGGAGCGUACACGUGCGGAUAUGGCUAUGGACGCCGAGCAGCAUGCGGGAGUGGACGUUGUCGACGGCGGAGGUAGCAGGGAUGGACAGGCCAGUCCCCCGCAUGGCUCGAGACCUCACCUCGUACGAUUGCGGCAUGGGCCGAAGAGGACACAGUCGAUUGCCGAUCGUAUGCGGCACCGCCACGGGACCCUCCCCCCCACCGUUCGUCCACGAGCCGUUGAGUCUGAGCUUGUCCCCGUUUCCGAGGACUCCAUGAGUGAUGGGCCCGUCGAUGAGCGACACCCGUCACCUGYCGGYUYGGCGCGGGAGACACAUCCGGUUGCCGACGGGGCACAGGAGGACGCACGUCCAGUUCAUGGCRCAGAGCAGGACGCACAUCCACUUCCACGCAGUCCAGUGCUCGGUGGUGGUAUGGACGCGGCUGACGUGUGCAUGGAGGUGAUGGAGGCGAUGGACUUAGGAUGUCCCCCUGCGCCGAUGACGGACGUAGAUCAGCGCGCCGAAGCGGCGAGUGGAUUACCACGCACAAAUAUCUCAGGAGUGUCUACCAUGGAGGAUGGUGAGAUCACUCCAGCGGCGGGAGGCCUAGGAGACGGGAAUCCUGAGAAGGACAUUACACCAGCUUCGUCGGCUGUCGGUCGCACUGGUGACAGACCUGCCACGCGCAUGGAUUCUGCACCACAUGCGGCCGGGAGCGGCGGUAGGGAGGAGCGACAGGGAGGAGCUUAUGCGGGGGGGUCUGGCCCACCUGUGCCAAGGUUGGCAGCAUCGUCUUUUUACGACCGGGGGAGAGCAGCACCAGUCGAUGGGGGAACCGCGAUAGGGAGGAGUGCAUGCAGCAUGCCAGAUGUGCCCUUUGGAACACGUUCCAUCGGCGCUGUUGGCGGUCGUAACCAUGGUGUCAUGCGUGAGUAUGAGGACCAGCAUGGCAAACGGCUGGCCACGAAGACAUCAGAUGUUGCCUUCACCAGGGUGGUGAAGGCUAGUAUGUCGCGUGCAAAGAGUAAGGGCGGACACGAGAGGUCUUCACAACAUUCGAGUCGUCGAGGCACUGCACCCAGGGAGUCUGUGCAUGGUCACACUCAGGACGAGGAGGUUGCUGCAGCGCAUGGUGGUGUACCGAAGGAUGGACAGGCAGGUGAUGGAGGCCGUUCACGUAGAUUGUCACGCGUGCAUGACAACUCCGGCAGCGCAGGGGACGAGCGGUGCAACCACACCGAGGGGGCUGGUCGUGGAGAGAAGAGACGAGGUGCUUUCACCAUUGUACACGAUGACAGUUCUGACAUCCCGACCUGUGAGUCGACGGGGGCCGACGACCCAGGUGACUCCGAUUAUAGACCGGAUGGAUCUCGACCUGCACGCAUGGAGUAUGGAUCUCGACCUGCACGCAUGGCGGAUGGAUCACGACCAGCACGCAUGGCGGAUGGAUCUGAUCUUGGAGAACGUCGACUCAGACGCAGAGCAGCACUCGAUGCACAGUUUCAUUGCCUACUAUUCAGUACAUUUGUUCUUGUUCAAAUCACACCAUGAAUUGUUGUCGACUUUGUUUGAUGUUAGUAACAGCAGCAAGUGAYAGCRGYUGUCAGCAGGGAACCUAUUGAUGMGGAAAYUGYGGUGGUAUGACCGUAUGAGUCYGUAUGACUCUUGCACAUGUUUGGUGUUAGUGACAAUGAAGAACCUAUUGAUUC